AUGAGGGCGGUGGGCGGAGCUCCUGACGGCUGAAUCCUCCACGUUCUGGUCGAACUUUUAAAGCGGACUCUUUCCCUACAACUUCUCAUUCUGACGGGUUCGGUCUUUUCUGGUGGAACUCUGCUGAAUGUGGAACUUCUGGGAAGUUUGUGGUUCCUCCGGAGGGACCCUGGAGAUGCUCCGCUCAGUAACGGUCCGAUGUUAGCCGGCCGGGGCUGCUAGCGUCUAGGUAACAGGUGUCUGUGCGGUCCCCGGUUCUGAUGGAGAGUAGAACCUUCUCCAGGUACUCCUGGAUCGACUUCGCGUUCUCGGUGGUGGGACUUGGUACCUUCCUGUUGGACUGGGGCUCCGACCUGUGGCUGGCCAAAGUGUUUUACUGCCAGGGGGACUUCUUCUGGUUCGGGGUGUUGGUCGGCCUCAUGGUCCUGUCUUCUAUCGUGGUCCAGAUGUUCAGCUGGUUCUGGUUCCAGUACGACAGGGAGCUUCCGGGAUUCAGCGGGCAGGCUGCCGGGGCAGGGAGUGUGUUCUGCGGGGACCGAGUGAAGCUGUUCGGGUUGUUACAUGUUCUCCAACUGGGCUUCCUCUGCAGACACAUCUCAGCGAUACGCCAGGGCUUCAGGGUGUGGUGGAGGAAGGAGGAGGGCUCUGGGUACGCCGUCUACCUCACACACGAUCUGAGCAUGCUCCGUCUGAUUGAGACGUUCUGUGAGAGCACGCCUCAGCUCAUCCUGAUGAUCUAUGUCAUGCUCCGCACCAACAAGGCCAGGACAGUCCAGUUUGUUAGUGUUGCUGCUUCCACCACUUCCAUCGCCUGGAUGGUGGUGGACUACCAUCGCUCCCUGCGCUCCUUCCUCCCAGACAAAGCCAAGCAGCAUUGGGGUUCCUCCCUGAUCUACUUCCUGUGGAACCUGAUGCUGAUUGGGCCCCGUGUGGCGGCCCUUGCCCUUUUCUCCUCCGUUCUGCCUAGCUUCAUUGCUCUUCACUUCCUGCUGCUGUGGCUGGUGUUCAUGCUGUGGGCAUGGCAGCAGAGGACCAACUUCAUGGACAGCGCUGGCGGGGAGUGGCUGUACCGCGCCACUGUGGGUCUCAUCUGGUACUUCAGCUGGUUUAAUGUGGCUGAUGGCCGGACGCUCGGCCGCAGCGUCAUCUACCACUCCUUCAUCACUGCAGAUGUAGUUGUCCUGCUCGCCACCUGGUGGAGCUACAGAGACCUGGUGCAAACUGAGGCAUACGCCCUCAUUCUGCUCAUCGGGCUUCCUUGCACCUACCUGCUGGGUCUCUUUUUAAAAGCCCUCUACUACUGCUGCUUCCACCCCAAACUGUUCAGGCUCCUGGACAGGGAGCCUAGGCUAUCAGCCGAUCUGCCGGACUCUGAUGUGGCCCUCCGAGACUUUUCCGUCCAAGACGGAGCGCUUGCCUCCCAGCUGCUCAACCAGCGCAUGGCCCACCUGGCUGCUCAUUUUUACACCAACAUUAGAACCAUCAGAGCUUCUGAUGGAGCAAAGGGAGCCGAGGUGUCACAUUUCUGAGAAAGGGAUGUUCCAGCUUCCUGUUUAUGUUUAUUCUGCAUCACAGGUCAACACAAGAAGCUUCCUCAAUAUUCGUUAGUGCAAAAGAAACUAAAAAACCUUCAGGAUGCAGAGAUGAGUUACAGGCAUCAUUUAAAACUCCCAAAACUGAUUCAGAUCCUUCCUCUGAUUUAUAUUAUCCCAAUAAUUUCAGCCCAAAACAUCAUUUUUUUCCAAAUAUUCCCACAGAUCAUAAAGAUCCAACAUCUGUUCCAAAUCUUUUCCCAUUUUCUCCUUCACUGGUCUUCAUGCACUUUUUAUUUAUAGAAAUGAAGAAAUGUAGCUUCAUAUUCAUGAGGAAUCGGUCUCCUUUUAUUAUUCAGUUUUAUUGCAGUUAUAGGAAUCAGACUGCAACAUGUUCUGCAAAACUGUUACAUUCACACAAUCACUCUGAGGAAAAUAAAGGUCCUUCUGUUGAACACUAGGUGGCGCUGUCUGCCAUUCAGACACAGAUAGAAACACCCUGAUCUGGGAAUUAUUCUACUUGGCUUAAAAACAUUCUUCAUCUGGUCAGUUACAAUAAAUCAGGUUUUCUGUCCACAGACAAAGAACGUUCUGUUUCUGUGCCGCUGUUCCCAGAUCUGAACUAGGACUGGGUCACCCAUCAGGCUGUGCUCUGAUUGCUUUUCCCGCUCCAGUCAUCUGUUUCCAGGAGACAUCCAGGAUAUUUCAGGUUUUCCCAGGAACAUUCCUGCUGUUUGGAGGAUAUUUUGGAGAGUGAGCUGCCUGCAGAGACCAGAACCGGAACAGCUGGUGGAAAUCAUGGCCAGCACAGCAGCCUGAAGCAUCCCGACAGCUACCUCAGGAAGGAUCUCAGGGUCUGCCCCUGUUUCUGUUGGAUAUUGUUCUGGACGUCUUGGCUGCAGUGAACUUUUACCAGGAGGAGGCCUACCUGUGCCUCACCGUGCUGCUGGUGCUUCUCAUUGGCUCCUCUGUGCUCACCCAGCUCUACAGCUGGUUCUGGUACAGCUACGAUGAAUUUGACACGAGUACCAAGGUGGAGGGCUUCCUGAAGCCCAGCCUUGGGAUGCUACAUAUGUUCCAGCUGGGGAUCUAUGUCAGGAAACAGCAGCUGGAGUCCUGCUCCGGUAAAAACGUAGGAGAUGAAGAACAGAUGAGGAGAAGCUAGUGAAAAACCGGCCUGAGAAUAUCUAGAAACAUCUACAGGGAUUUUCACACACAAAAUACCUUUUAGUUUAUUCUAUUUAUUCCUUCAUGGAACAGCAUAGAACUUAUUAAAAAUGACCAAUUAUUAUCUGUUUCAUUAUAUAAAAAUAAAACAAAAAUACAGAAACAUCAAAA